CCCCUGUCCUAUGCUUUAAUGGGGAGCCCAUGGGAACUGGAGUUCACAGCAAAACAGGAAGAGCCUGUGAGCAGGAAGCUGGGAGUGGGGCAGGGGGUGAUCAGCCAGCAGUAACCUCAACUCCUCCCCUGCCACAUCUGGACUGAAGCAUCCCCAGAGCUCUCUGCCUCUUCUACUGCUGUCCUCCCCCCCUCCCCCCCAGCUUCUUCCAUCUCGACAUUUCACUGAUCCAGCAGACCUGAAAGGCAACAAGACUCUCCUGGACUCUGAGGCAGGAGAAAGAAAGAGUACAGAGACUGGAGUGAGGACAUCUGGGUUUUGAGCUCAGCUUGGCCACUGUGUGUGGUCUUCGAGACGCCUCUCCCGUGAGCUUAGUAUUCUUUGUAAAGUGGAGCUUGUGUUAUGUACCCUCCUUCCCGGGGCUGCUCUAAGGACCAAAAGAGCGAGUGCAGGGUUUGUGUAUGGAAACAAGCACUGGAAGGUUAACGGUGUGCAGAUGCACGGUGUUGGGAAGUCCCCAUGGCUGAAAGAUUGGAAAUUUAAUAACUGCUGCCAUCUCUUGAACACACUAUGGGCUACACAUUGUGCUCUGACAUAUUGUUUAGUUCUCAUGACAACCUUAGGUGGCAAAAACCAUUAUUAUUAUCCUGAUUUUUAAGAUAGGGAAAUAGAGGGUCAGAGAUAUUAAGAAACUUGCUUAAUCAAGAUCACACAGCUAAUAAAAGGCCAUGCCAGAAUUUGAACCCAAAUUCUAAGUCUAAGGCCAAAAAACUAAAUAUGCUGAAAUGAAAUGGACUAGAGUUAACAAGUAUAAAAUAGAAGGGGGGUCAUAUAUUUUUUUCUUGAUUGCUUAUUCAUUUAAUGAACAGGAAUACAGUACCUACUCUGUUGCCUAAACUAUGUCAGGCCCUGAUCCAGGGCUACAAGGGAGAUAAGAUCAAUUAAACAUGGUGUCUACAUUCAGGAAUGGAUCUCAUAUUCCAGGCAACAGGGCAGGAAGGCUUAAUAGCGGCUGGGCAGAGCCUGUCAGCAUUUCAUAUGGAACUGUUCCCCAGAUGAGGGAACUUGCAUACCUUCCCAGAUCCAUACUGGGCUAGCACCUGGGUCACCUGCCAUCUCUCUACCCCCACCCUGGCACCGGCCAUUGCUCCCCUCUCUCUCUUCUGGCCUCUCCCCUGCUGGUAGCCCUCACGGGGGGGCCCAAUCAGAGAUUUACAGGAAAGCCCAGCACCUGCCUCUCCACCCAUGGAGUUCUACCAGCUUGGCUGAGGCUGGGCCGGUGGGGAGAGUUUCUUGGCCCCUUCCCAGAGGCAGGGGAGGAGGAGGGAGGCUGGGAAAGCAGGCUGGGGCUCCGUGUUGCAAUUCCAGGCUGUGCUGGGACCUUUGCUCCACGAAAUGUCUAUGGAGGGGAGGGGACACCAACUCUGGAGGCUGCCGGGAUUGGGGUGGGGGUGCCUGGGAGGCAGUCCUGUAAGCGCAGCCUGGUCCCUCCCCUCAGGUUUUCCCCAUAUUACUUCCCUGGGGCUCCGGGCCCCUGUCUAGCUCAGCUACGGCUUCAGCCACCGCGGAGGCCUCUGGACAGAGCUUGCACCGUCCUCCUCUCUCAGCAAGGGGGCUCCAGAGACUGCCCCAGCCAGGAAGUCUGACGGCCCAGGCAUUCGGACAGUCCCUUGGUAAUGUCCAGGGCUCCAGAAAGAAAGAAAUGUCCUUGUGGCUGGAGGCCCCCGUGCCUAAUGUUUCUCCUGACUCUGCAGUGGAGCUGUGGGAACCAGAUGCACAAGAUGCAAACAGCCGGGCGCUGAGAGGCAGCAACUGCAUCCUCAGGGAGGAAGCCAGCAUGCCCCAAUCAGCGGGGGUCACUUCGGGGGCAGGGUUGGAGGUGGCAGAUCCCACAGCCCUGCUCCCAGGUGUGGAAGUCCUUCCAGAGUCUACAGAGCUCCGUCCACAAAAGCGGAAAAAGGGGCCAGCCCCCAAAAUGCUGGGGAAUGAGCUGUGCAGUGUGUGUGGGGACAAGGCCUCUGGCUUCCACUACAACGUGCUGAGCUGUGAGGGCUGCAAGGGAUUCUUCCGCCGCAGUGUCAUCAAAGGGGCGCGCUACCUCUGCCACAGCGGGGGCCACUGCCCCAUGGACACCUAUAUGCGUCGCAAGUGCCAGGAGUGUCGCCUUCGCAAAUGCCGCCAAGCUGGCAUGCGGGAGGAGUGUGUCCUGUCAGAAGAACAGAUUCGACUGAAGAAACUGAAGCGGCAAGAGGAGGAACAGGCUCAGGCCACAUCCGUGCCCCCAAGAGCAUCCUCACCUCCCCAAGUCCUGCCCCAACUCAGCCCAGAGCAACUGGGUAUGAUUGAGAAGCUAGUGGCUGCCCAGCAACAGUGUAACAGACGCUCCUUUUCUGACCAGCUUCGCGUCACGCCUUGGCCCAUGGCACCAGAUCCCCAGAGCUGGGAGGCCCGUCAGCAGCGCUUUGCCCACUUCACUGAGCUGGCCAUCGUCUCUGUGCAGGAGAUCGUUGAUUUUGCCAAACAGCUGCCCGGCUUCUUGCAGCUCAGCCGGGAGGACCAGAUCGCCCUGCUGAAGACCUCCACUAUUGAGGUGAUGCUUCUGGAGACAUCUCGGAGGUACAACCCUGAGAGUGAGAGUAUCACCUUCCUCAAGGAUUUCAGUUAUAACCGGGAAGACUUUGCUAAAGCAGGACUGCAAGUGGAGUUCAUCAACCCCAUCUUCGAGUUUUCCAGAGCCAUGAAUGAGUUGCAGCUCAAUGAUGCCGAGUUUGCCUUGCUCAUUGCCAUCAGCAUCUUUUCUGCAGACCGGCCCAACGUGCAGGAUCAGCUCCAGGUAGAGAGGCUGCAACACACAUAUGUGGAGGCCCUGCAUGCCUAUGUCUCCAUCCACCACCCCCAUGACCCACUAAUGUUCCCACGGAUGCUAAUGAAGCUGGUGAGCCUCCGGACACUGAGCAGCGUCCACUCAGAGCAAGUGUUUGCGCUGCGCCUGCAGGACAAAAAGCUUCCCCCGCUGCUCUCUGAGAUCUGGGAUGUGCACGAAUGACUGUCCUCGGCUGGCUGAGGCCUGGCUGGCUGAGGUCCCGCUGGCGGCCUCCUUAGAGGUAGAACAGACUGAGAAGGGCAAACAUUCCGGGGCGCUGUGCAAAAGAGAUCCUCACGUGGCAUUAAAGGAGAGUAACGGGUUCGGAGUUUUGUGACUGCUGGGCACUGAGGGUCCUGCCAAAGCUGUGCUCCAUUUGAACACUGUACUGACCUGAUCAAAAGGAUGAACCUGGGGGCCACUUUGCACAAGGUUCUCCAGGCCCUGCCUCCACCACUUCCUGUUUUCCCCACAGGGCCCCUAGAGAAAUUCUCACUGUCAUGCUGCGGCUUAACCAUAAAUGCCUCCGGGCUGCCUCCCUGA